AUGUGGGGCGGAAAUGUUUAUCAACCAUACGUGCCAUCAGUAGUUCCAGUUGUGACUCCAAUGGUUGCAACUACUCCAAUGGUCGUUGCCUCUCCGGUUGUUGCUCCAGUUGUAGCUGCUCCAGUCGUUGCAACAUCAGUCGUCGCUCAGCCAAUGUAUUAUGGAACUGCCAUUACAACUCCAUAUGGUGUUAGAUACAUUUGA